UUUGCUGAUGUUUGAUAAAAAUUGGUUUAAGUAGUUCCGCUCUUUUCUAUCUAGGAAACGUAACAACCUCCAUGAGUUUAAUCGAUUCAUAUCAAAAUUAUAAAAAAAUAAGUUAUUUUCAACCUUUUAACCCUUUUUGUUUUUGAUAUCUACAGCAGCGGUGGUAUUAAGACAGGUUAAGUGUUAACGUUUUCUCUUACCGCUCCUUUAUAAUCAUGAGAUUAUAAUAAUUUGUUUUGACCCGACAGCGGGCGCGGAGGUGUCAGUGGACACGACGCUGACCGAAUACAUCCGGCGCUGCGCGGACCUGCGCGGCACCAAGUACAUGUGCCUGGAAGGCGGUUGCGGCGCGUGCAUCGUAAACGUGCGUGCGCGUACCGCCAGCGGCGAACGACUCACCUUCUCUGUUAACACGUGUCUUGUUGCUGUGCUGUCCUGCGAAGGCUGGGAUAUUACUACCAUAGAGGGAAUCGGAAACAGACAGAAGGGCUACAACAUAAUACAAACUCGCCUGAACAACUACUUUGGCUCGCAAUGUGGAUACUGUAGCCCUGGAUUCGUGAUGAGCAUGUACAGCCUUAUUCAAGGCAGUGAACAUCAUUUAACUGAAGAACAGAUAGAGAAGUCGUUUGGCAGCAAUCUCUGCAGAUGCACCGGCUAUCGGCCCAUCCUGGAGGCUUUCAAAUCGUUCGCAGUGGACCCUGACCCGAAAAUCCUCAAAAAAAUUAAAGACAUUGAGGACAUUGACAACUUAGUGUGUCCAAAAUCGGGAGUUAAAUGUGGUGGCACUUGUGGCAAUAACGAUCAAGACUGGUGUCUUAUCCAUGCAGAUUCAGAAAAAGAGGAGCCAGUGACUAAGAAGAUAUCAUUGUCCGAUGGAAGGUUAUGGUUCAGAGUAAAUAACAUCAAAGCCAUAUUUGAAUCUCUUGACCAAGUGAACGGGUAUAGCAACUACAUGUUGGUUGCUGGAAAUACCUCUAAAGGUAGGUAUUUUUGUCAACUUGAACGAUUUAGCCAAGUAAAGCCAGUGAUACACUACUACUACACGAAUGAAGUGGCGCGACGUUGCCGGAUUUCACUCAACAUGCCUGGCGACAAGGGCCCUCCACACUCGUGCGCGAGUCGAGGCGCGAAGCCGCGAACGCGAGUGUGGAGGGCCCUCGCGUCGAUUUCGCAGAUUGUUCACGCCUUCGCGCCUUAUUCCCCGUGUUUUGUCGGUAUUUGGCCCGCGUCAAAGGAGACGCGAAGCGCGAACUUGCAAGACUCCACACUCGCAAUCGCUUGCAAGCUGUAG